GUCGGUCAAUAUUAUAGUAUAGUGAAAUCUCGUCCGAUCACUAGACUUGCACUCAUCUCUCGCGGAGAGUAGUGGGGAAAUUUCAUCAUCAACAUCAUUCAGGGUGGUUUGUCGCGCACUCUUUACAUUCAGUAGCUUUCAACUCAUGUCCUGAAAAGCUCAUUCUGAAACGUGCUUACGAAAAGCUCGCGCGCGCACUCUGUUUACGGACUACUUUUACACUUUUCCAUCAUGACUCGUGCGGACCCUGUGCUUCACCCGUGAAAAUGACCAACAGGAAGGGCUCCAAGAGAAGGGUCGUCGAAAAAACGGACGUUUCAGAACCGAGAGUUGUGGUCAUUAAGGAUGGACCGUGCAGGAUAGGAGUGUGCGGCGAAGAAGCUGCCUGCAAGGAUUACCGAAAUAAUACGCACACGUGUAUUUGUACACAUGAUUCACGGCCGCCCACAGCCAAAGGUAUCUGCCCAAGGAGGACAGUUUCUGUCGACCGGUCUGGAAUUAUUCCAUAUGUUCAACCCCCGUCGUACAAACAAACACCUUCGUCACUUAGUUCCACAACAAUUCCGAUCACCGCUGCUAGCGAGAGCUUAUCAGCACCCAACUACAUAAUGGUCUCAGUUUUGGGUUCAGUGUCCCUUUUAUUAAUAAUGUUGUUAGGAAUAAUUUUUUGGAAGAAAAUGAGAUCUAGGCAUUCGAAUAAUGAAGGGGUAUCACCAAUAAAUUUAAAACACAGCUUACUAAUGGCCGAAAGAUAUGCUCCAAAUCCCCAGUAUUCGGCCUGUUCUGGAACAGGAGUUCCUCUACUUCGGAAAGAAACACUUAAAUUUAUCAGCGAAAUAGGGGAAGGUUGCUUCGGCAAAGUUUAUAAAGGUGAACUUCUAACGGAAGGUAGUGACCAAGUGGAAAUAGUCGCCAUAAAAGUAUUAAAAGAAAACGCAACGCGAGAAGCCGAAGAGGAUUUUAUAAGGGAAGUUGAAAUCAUGAGCGCUUUCAGACACGAUAACAUUCUUUCUUUGCUGGGAAUGGUGGUUCGAGAAGGUGUGGUAAGUCCGAUGAUGGUCUUCGAAUACAUGCCCCACGGGGACUUGGCGGAGCUUCUCCGAGCGCAAAAGAAAACCGCCUACGAGAACGAAGUUCCCCAACUAAAGCCCAAGGAUCUGCUCUCCAUCGCUCUGCAAAUCGCCAGCGGUAUGAAAUACCUGGCGGCCCAACGUUUCGUCCAUCGCGACCUCGCCUGCAGGAACUGCCUGGUGGCCGAAGGACCCACUGUGAAAAUUGCAGACUUCGGCAUGAGCAGAGACGUCUAUACGUGCGAUUAUUACAAGAUCGGCGGCAGCCGCCUCCUGCCCGUGCGCUGGAUGUCGCCCGAGAGCGUCCUCUACGGCCGUUUCACCCUGGAGUCGGACAUCUGGUCGUACGGAGUGGUUCUGUGGGAAAUCUACAGUUUCGGCAAGCAACCCUACUACGGGCACACCAACGAAGAGGCCGUCAAGCUAAUCCUAGACGGCAUAAUGUUGAUCGCGCCCGAAGACUGUCCGUCCCUCAUCUGUGAGCUGAUGAAAAACUGCUGGAAAACGGAACCCCGAGACCGCAUAAAGUUCCCCAACAUUUGCGACAAGCUCGAGCUGGCCUACGAAAGCUUCGACGAAGACAAAGUGAGCAUCCAGUACGAGAACGAAACCCAAAAAGUCAACGUGAAAAACGUGCGGAGUUUACCCAGACCGCCUCCGCUGAGGAUGAUCUCCCAGGAAGAUUUACUGGACGCGCAAGGAUAUCUGUUAGCGAACGAGGUCAAGGAACCUGUACAGUAUUUAGAGACUUUACCGGAUUGACAAGGACAUAAGAAGAAGAAGAAUACGGUUGUGUGGGCAAAUUCGAUUAAAAUGCUGGGCGCGAAUGUGUGAAAUUUGUGUGGAUUCACUUGCUGUAUAUAUGGAUAUGUAGUAGUUUAAUUAAAUUAUAUUUUUUUAAAAAACAGUUAAGGUGGGGCAAAAAACAACAUUAGCAAUGAGUAGAGUUGGGACAGGUCUUUGAAAUUCAGUUCUUCACACGCAAAAUUGCUCUCAACGAAAUUAAAUACCCUGCUCAUUAUUUGACAAUACUUGACUGAACUACUUAACUUAAAACGUAAAAUACUGACAGGGUAGGUAACUGUUUAAUCGAGUGCCUUAUUUAUAUUACUGAGUCCGUUCAUUUUGUGAGAAAUAGGAAAGCACUAAAAUGUACCUAAAAAAAUCGUUCUCAACUUUUUAACAAAUCAAGAAAUACGAAUCAAAUGUCUGAGGUGUUCUAAUGGUUUAAAUAUUUUCCCCAAAACAAUGACUUCUAGAAUCUUCACGUGUGAACGCGUACUAAAUUGUAACCGAUCGAUAAUCCUCAGUGUUGUUAAAGUAACAAAGGUGUUAAUUUGUCCUUUGUAACGGGUGUUUUCGAAUAUGUGCCAAAUAAUUGCAAAUAAAUCGGUGUCUUUUAUUCCCCUCCCCCAAUACAAACCAAAGACUCGAGACUAUCUCCGAUAGUACGACUGAUGUUAAACCUUACGAAAUAAUUAAUUCAAUGUUAUUGCGACUGUAUCGAAUUUUAUUGUAAAUAAAAUAUUAAACCAA